UCCAGAAAAAUGACAGAGCUGCACCAAAUCGUAGCAGCGGGAGAUUAUGAGAAGGUGAAGGAGAUGCUGAAGAAUCCGAAAUGUAAUCCCAAUAACAAGGACGUCGACUGGAGCUACAAAACCCCUCUGCACUGGGCAGCAGCUAAUGGAGAUACAGACAUUGUCAAGAUGCUGUUAGAGAACGGAGCCAAUCCUUGUUUGAAGACAGCGCACGGAUGGACCCCUGCCCACUAUGCUGCAGAGUCCGGUCAUCUGUCCACGCUGCGGAUCCUGCACACCUUCCAUGCACCAAUGGACAAAGAGGACUGCUGUGGAGACAAACCAAUAAGAUUAGCCGAAAUAUACGGAAAAGAAGACUGUGUUCGAUUCCUUCAAAAAGCAGAGCUUGAGUGCCGAGACUUCCGUGAGAAAAUAGCUCAAGAAGAUAUUGCAAACGACUCAGAUGAGGAGUGGUUACAGCAAAGCAAAGAUUACGAAGAAGACAUUGCUUUUAGAACCAGGAGGAAAACUAAGACUAGACUCAAGUCUAAAACAUCAUUUUGGCAUACAGGUUGAGUCUUUUGCUCCAUUUCUCUUCAAAUAUACCAACUAAAACUUGAAUAAUUCAAUGUGACUC